UAACCUCACAAAAGGAAGCGAGAAGUGUAAACAAACAGCUGAGGAGAGACUCUUCUUCCCUUCCCUGGCCAAUUUCCAGACAUACCAGACCGCAAACACAUUGAGCAGGAAUGUCAGACGAGGAAGUCAUCAAGAGGCGCCUCUUGAUUGACGGCGACGGAACUGGCGACGACCGGCGACUGAACGUCCUGCUGAAGACCUUCAUCAAGUGGUGCAACACAGCCGACACUCCGGAGAACACCGCUGCCACGUACGACCGGAUGCAGGCGCAGCUGGCGCAGUGCGAGUUCGCCGUGACCAAAUCGGACUUCGCCACGCGAAUGAUGCAGCAGGAGUUGAAGAACUAUGAGAGCAUCUCGCAGACCAUCGAGAAGGGCAUCGAGCUGGCCAAAGUGCAGAUUGAGCACAGCAAGGAGAACCUCGUGCUGGCCAAGAAGAUCCGGAAGAACCGCAUGGAGUACGACGUGCUAUCGAAGGUGAUCAACCAGCAGCCGGACAGGAAGAAGACGCUGCAGCAGUUGGAUGUGGUGAAGGAGGAGCUGAAUCAGCUGCAGGACUCGCGCCGACAGCUGCAGCGCAAACUGGCGAGUCGCCGGAAGGAGUUCCUCGUGCUCAUGCGAGCGAUAAAGGAGCUCCAGGGCAGUCUGCAGGACGACGAUGAGGAGUCAGGUGAGGAGAACGCCGAAUCACCGCCACAUUCACCGCCUCUUCCGCGACCCAUGUCGCCAUAACAAGUCUCUUGUGUGGAAGCCGAUUGAAUUUUUAUUGAAUAAAACACAACCCCUUUUUGCUACCCCAACAAUUGAGACAGUUUUUCUCCAGUCAAAAGUUCCCUAAAUCCGAACGUGGAAAAAAUGCACUAAUAUAUUAAUUUUGGCACGUUAUUAUGCUUCGAUCGAAGCACCUCAAUUUAAGCUCAAAAAACACCUUCAAAACAUUUGGCAAAAGUGACGCGCGCGAAACCUGUGAAAUCGGGAAGGAAUUGCAAAA